AUGGAAGGCAGAACGUUCAAGCACUUGACUCCUGAACAGGUCGACUGCUUUAUGAAACAUGGCUACCUGCGUGUCCUAGGUUGCUUCACCCGCGAGGCUGCUGAAGAGUGGACCAAGGACGUCUGGGUAAGGCUGGGCUUCGACCCUAAUAACCCUGACACCUGGACUACCGAACGGACCAACAUGCCCGGACAUGGAGAGGUGAAGGUCAAGGACUUCGCGCCCAAAGCAUACAACGCCAUCUGCGAGCUGAUAGGAGGGGAGGAACGCAUCACUGAGGAUUCCAAGUCUUGGAGGGACAGUUUUAUCGUCAACUUGGGAACAAAGGAGCAUGAAGGCAAGGAGGCCCAGCCCAAGGAGUUGACCGGGUGGCAUGUCGAUGGAGAUUUCUUUGUCCACUUCCUGGACUCUCCAGAGCAGGGCCUGUUGGUUAUCCCUCUCUUCACAGAUAUUUUGCCCAAUGGCGGCGGGACCUGGAUUUGCUCUGAGGGAGUCAGAAAGAUCGGGAAGUGGCUGUACGACCAUCCCAAGGGUGUCCUUCCGCGAAUGUCCCCAGUUGGAGGAACCGAGAAUUUCGAGAGCGGUCUGGAGUUUUACCAUACUGUCGUCCAAGGCUGCGACGACACCUCUUUUCAUGAGAUGACAGGCUCAGUUGGAGACGUCAUUUUGCUGCAUCCGCUGAUGCUACACUCGGCUUCCAAGAAUGGACGCCGCCUACCCCGGAUCAUCACCAAUCCACCUGUGUCACUGGUGGAGCCCUUCAACUUCGACCGCGAGGACGAGAGUCAGUAUAGUCUUGUCGAGUUAAAGACGAUCAAGGAGCUCGGGGGACAAGAUAUGCUGCGAGGAUGGAAAAUUCAGGGGAAGAGAGAAGGCGUGGUGCCAGAGCGAGUUCGACGUCAAGCCAGGAUGUUGGAGGAAGAGAAGAAGAGACUCGAAGAGCGGGAAUUGCAGAGUCGGGCGCCGCAACCCGUCGCCGUUGCAUAG